UCUGAUGAGUGAAUUGAUGUUUUUUCAGGAUAAUCUGUUUAGACUGCAUCAACUAAACAAAAUUUGAUCAUAUUGGGGAAAAUGGGGGCACAUGUAAAAUGGGAUGAGGCAAAUCUGGAAGAAAUUGAGGUAAAUAAGCCAGUGAGGCAGAAAAUAACUGAACCAAAGACACCAUUUCACCGUUCGAUCGACGAUGAUGAUGGAUCUCCAUCUCCAUGGGAUACUAUUGAGGAGGCCAGUGCAUUGGAUGAAGCUUCUUCCAGUGAAAAUAAAUCCCGACUGUCUGGCUGGCCAUCUUCUGACGAUGAGGCUGAUAUCAUGGACCAAGACGACGAAGAUUCUGGUUCAGAAAGGAGCAGGAGCUUUAGGGAGCACAGGCGAGCACACUAUGACGAAUAUAGGAAAAUCAAAGAACUGCGUAGAGAGGGCUCCUCUCUUGAAGGAGCAUCCGACGAUGAGAUUGAGGAUCUUGAGAAAAGGGAUGGUAGGUGUAAUACAUCAUCGUCAUUGACAUCUGCUGUUGAGGGCAUUGACAUUUCAGAAGAAAGCACAGACGAUUCUAAAUAGUCCUCUGUCACAGGUAAUUGAACAAGGAUGGUCCUGAAAAUGUGCAUUUUAUUUCUAAGAAUGUUGUUACCAUAACCCGUUCUGUUUUUCGUACGUUCACUUUUGCUCGUAAGUUGUAUGCAUAUAGAUGGUAUUUAACAUACAGGAUAAACAUCUUCCGUUCAGUGGUUGCCAUAA